AAUAGUAGGAUCUAUUUAGGGGUCUGCACGAAGAAACAGGCACAUCGGAUUUUUUUUUUUUGGGGGAAAGGCACUUCGGCUGCAACGGAAGAGAGAGAAGCUCUGGAUUCCAACUCCUCACCUCCCUGGCGACGGUGCUUCUGCCGCUUGGCUUUCAGGCUCUGCCAGGCUUGGGUUCAAAGUGCUUUAAUAUCUUUCUUAAGAUAUGGAGCAAGUGCGCUUCUGGUCAAAAUGCUACAAGUUUAGGGUUUUCUCGUUCCAGGAAGUUCUUGACUGGAGGUUUCUUGUCCUUGGAGAUUUUCUUCUGGUUUCCUUUGUUAAUUGCACUUAGUGGUCGGCUCUUAAAUGAAAAGGCGUAAUGCAAGUUUUUUCUGAGAUAGGUGUUGGAUCUUUAGUGCACUUGUAUAAUGCAUUGGUGGCACAACAUCCAAUCAAAACUUUUGGGAAAACGUCUUCCGGGGGCUGAACUCUGCCAAUCACUCUCGGAGGUUGCUUACCGUAGUUGACAUUAGAUAAGCAAUUGCGUGGAGUCUGUGCAGACUGCACAGAUCUUGGUUGUUUCAUCGUUGCUCCCAAUGGGUUCCAUUUAGUGUGACCAGAUCCAAGUUAGCUGAAGAUUCUGCUAAAAAUUCUUCAUAGUAUAGAUGAGGUAGCUAUUACUUCAAGUUUUGAACCCUUGGCUGACUCUGUCUUAAGCCAGGGAUCCUUCCUGUUUGUUAGACCAAUCAUUUCUUGUCAGGUGUUUGAUUCAUUACAAUAUGUUCUCUAGUACUUGUCCUUUCUUAGUGUCCACCCCGUGUCUUGAAGUCGUGGGUUUGGUAAUAAAUAUGGCUCUGCAGCCCAUGCAUCAGAAAAUUUCGGGUCUCAUCCUAUUAUAUCUCACUGCCAAAAAUUAAGGGUGGAUUCAGCUGGACCAGCAAGGCAAUUGUUAAUAUCAUAUGGAAUUUUUCUACCAAAGAUAAAUGCUAUUUAUCUUUUGUGAGUUCUUUUACUUUCCUGAAUAAAGAAAAAGAGCUGCUUUUGUUCCAGAAGAAUGGAGAGGUUCAACUUAAUUAAGGAAGUUGGUGAUGGAACAUUUGGGUGUGUCUGGCGAGCUAUCAAUAAGCAGACCGGUGAAGUUGUUGCAAUUAAAAAAAUGAAGAAAAAGUAUUAUUCGUGGGAGGAGUGUGUAAAUCUGAGAGAAGUGAAGUCAUUACGUAAGAUGAAUCAUCCAAAUGUUGUGAAGCUUAAGGAAGUCAUUAGAGAAAAUGACAUCUUAUAUUUCGUGUUUGAGUACAUGGAAUGCAACCUAUACCAACUCAUGAAAGAUAGGGUAAAGCUUUUCUCUGAAGCUGAUGUCAGAAAUUGGUGUUUUCAAGUUUUUCAAGCUCUUGCUUACAUGCACCAGCGUGGAUAUUUUCAUCGUGAUCUCAAGCCAGAGAACUUGUUGGUUACAAAGGACAUAAUCAAGAUUGCUGAUUUUGGUCUUGCACGGGAAAUCAACUCGCAACCACCAUAUACGGAAUAUGUCUCAACACGCUGGUAUCGAGCCCCUGAAGUGCUGCUUCAGUCAUACCUGUAUGGUUCUAAAGUUGAUAUGUGGGCAAUGGGUGCUAUCAUGGCCGAGUUGUUCACUCUCCGUCCUCUUUUUCCGGGUAUCAGUGAAGCAGAUGAGAUAUACAAAAUAUGCAGUGUCAUUGGCAGUCCAACCAAGGAUACAUGGGCUGAAGGACUUAACCUGGCGAGGGACAUUAAUUACCAGUUUCCCCAGUUUGCUGGUGUCCAUCUUUCUGCCUUGAUUCCAUCUGCAAACAAUGAUGCUAUCAGCCUUAUCACAUCACUUUGUUCCUGGGAUCCCUUGAGGAGGCCAACCGCUGCUGAGGCCCUUCAGCAUCCUUUCUUCCAGAGUUGCUUUUAUGUUCCACCAUCCCUUCGUUCUAAGGCAGCUGUUAUUAGAACACCUCCCUCUGCUGGAACAAGGGGGGCAUUGGAGCAGCGAUCUGCUAGGAGAAACUGUGGGACUUUGCCUAGUUCAAAGAUGACUAGCAGCUCUCCUUCUAAGUCACACGCAUCUUUAAGCACAGGUGUGCAACGCAAGCUGGAUUUGGUUAAUCAGGAUGCAAUGAAGAAUGAUAAAUCCCUAAAGAGCUCUAGCAAACAGCCAAUAUAUCAGCCACCAGGAAAGAACAGCCCAAGCUCAUUGAACAAAGGAAGGACAGCACGGGGAGUAUUGGAUUCAACUGAGAAGUUGGCAAACAUGAGUCUUGGUUCUCGAAGGCAGUCUGUGGGGCAGCCACGCCCCCCUCCCAUGAAGUCUGGAGUCCCCUGGAUUUCUGGAUCUGGAGACAUGUUUCUCAAGCCUUCCAAAGGGAUUCAGCCUGCUAGAACUUAUACCAGGAAAGUUGCUGGAUGAAUAAGCACCUCGCUCUUUGAUGGCCGUUUAUAUAAAAUAUAUGUGAGAUAUAUGUGCCAGGAGUUGCCGUGUGUCGGUCUUUUUAUCUACGUACGUGUGUUUUAUCAAAAACACAAACCUACGAACCAGUCCGUGUCUAUUAUUUUUGUUGGGGAUUAUAUUAUGGCCCCUUUUGUGCUGCUGUUGGAUCGCUUUGUUUGCUACACUUUCGUUGCUUUUGGUGACGUUUGACUUUAAAUAAUGCGUUAGUACCCCUGGGUUAUCGGGGGAUUAAAGGACCUUUGUUGUAGCCUGCCUUGUUACUUUGCUAAUAGCUGCCUGAAUUUGAAUAAAAAAGAAGAUGAUUUAAUUCGUAUAAA